CACCACCGGGGGCCCCCCUAAUCCAAACUGUUUCUCGGCUUCCGCUACACGCCUCGCCGACCACCAUGACGAUGGCUGCGGCGCCGGCGAGGUCGGCGGGGGCGGCGGCGGAGAAGAGGAUGGUGGAUCCGCCGCGGGUGGUCGGGGAGUACAAGCUGCUGGAGGAGAUUGGGGUGGGCUCGUUCGCGAAGGUGUACCUCGCGACGCACCUCCGCACCGGCGAUGUCGUGGCGGUGAAGGAGAUCGACCCCAGGAGGAUCGACGAGCGCGUCCGCGGCGGAAUCCUCGAGGAGAAGGCCAUCCUCUCCACCCUUUCCCACCCCAACAUCCUUCGCCUCAUCGACACCAUCCAGGAGGAGAAUCUGUACCUGAUUCUGGAGUACUGCAAUGGAGGCGACCUCGAGGGGUACAGGACGAAGGGCGGCGAGGACGCCCGGUUGCCGGACGCCACCGCGAGGGACUUCAUGCGGCAGCUCGCGGAAGGGCUCAAGAUGCUGAGGGGAAGAUCAAUCGUGCACCGCGACCUCAAGCCUCAGAAUCUUCUGCUAUCAACUAAUGGUGAUGCCAUCACACUGAAAAUUGGAGAUUUUGGGUUUGCUAGGUCUCUUGUGCAAGAAAAUUUAGCUGCUACAAUGUGUGGAUCUCCAUCCUAUAUGGCGCCAGAAAUUAUGCGAUGUGAGGAUUACGAUGCAAAGGCAGACUUGUGGAGUGUUGGUGUUAUUCUUUUUCAGCUAGUCACAGGGAAAUUGCCUUUUUAUGGGGCUAAUCUAUUCAAGCUGAGGCAAAACAUCCAUGAAUCUAACGGCGUUAAGUUCCCUAAAGAAAUCAAGGAUGAUUUACAUCCUGAUUUCAUUGACCUGUGCCGAGGGCUCCUACGUCUUGAUCCAAAGAAGAGAAUUUCUUUUGAGGAAUUCUUCAAUCACAAGUUUUUGUCAACAACUGGGUCGACCCUUUACUCUGGUGGAAGCAUUCAAAGGAAAAGAGAGAUUAGCAGUGAGCCCAAUCAUCCUGCUGAUUUAUUAAGGGAUACAUGCCAGAUCAUUUCUUCGGAUGUCCUGAAAGAUAAGUCUGAAAGCGUGGAUUCUAGAAAUUUGCAAGCAUUUGAUUCAUGGGAAUGGAUUGAACGAGAAUAUGUACUUGUUCAGGCGAACUCUACUUCCACGGAAAUUUUGUCUUCACUUGAAAAGUCAAUGAAGGAUGGUACAGGUGCAAAACCUGCCAGCUAUGAUAGGUCCACUGUUAAACGGUCUGCUUGGAACCAAAACAGAAAUUCAGUCAGUAGAGGGGUUGCUAUAAAAAGCAAUGGAUGCACCCCAUUGUCUACUUCCCAUGAAUCAACAGCUGCAGAAAAUCUGCUAAAUCCACCUUAUUGUUACACAAGGCUUCAACUCCUUAACCAGUAUAUUGUUGUUCUUACAGAACUUGCAGAGGAGAAGCUUUUUAAAGGGCUGGACUUGGAGGCACUAUCUGUUGAACUUAUAAUAUUAGCUAUUUGGAACGAGGCCCUUAAUGCAUGUAGUUUAUCCACGGAUGCUACACAUGAUGGAUUUUUUUUGACCCAAGCUCAUGUCAAUUUCCUGCCUAAGAAUGACCAUCGUCCAUCUCGAAAUGUAGUACAAGGAUUGGAUUUCACCAGGCUCGUUUCUGUCUGUUCCUGGGCUGAAAGUGGCUUUAUCAAGGCAUAUGACCGUGCAGAGAAGAUAUCACAUAGGUUGCGGGACAACAAUGAUAACACCGAGAUGCCAGAUGCAGUGGAGAUCAUAUUCCAGACAGCUUUAAUAUAUGGAACAACUGGUGCUGCAAAGGAAGUUUUGGGAUACCAAAAUAGAUCGGUGGCGCUAUACUCAAAAGCAAUCAUCUUGCUCACAUUUGUAUUGCAAGAAGCAACUAAUUUGCCACUGAAUCCGCCGUUUUCCCUUUCAUCAUCUGAUCAGCAACGUAUCCAUAGGUACAUAGCUAAUUUGAGGAGCCAUCUAUGCAGUGCCCAGCUGACCGGACAACAGGAGAGAUAUGUCCAGAACUAACUUUUACAUGGGAAAUAUUGGUGCACAAAGAAGUGAAAGUUAAAUUGAUUCCGUGGUAAACUUCAAGCAAGCUUUGUUUUGUUCCCCACGAGUAUUAGUCUUUGCCUCCAACUUUUUUUUGUCUAGGAGAUGCUUACUUGGGGGAACUUUUGUAAUGUUUUGUUUGCAUGAUCAUAGUCCAUGUGUUCUUUUUGUAUAUAAUAUAUAAUAACACUUCUAAGUUGUACAGUUAUUUGCCAUAGAACUGAAAUGACCUCUUGGCUCUGUAUAUAAGUAGCAUGUAAAAAGAGCAAAUAGUUUUUUAUUUUUCCAAGUCUUAAAACUGCUUUGCCUACUUA